GGACAUCUACGAGGAUACACGUGUUUGUGCUACGAAGUUUUAUUAGAUUUUAUCAAUAAAAAAAACAAAAUUUGGAACUUAAAAUUUGCUUCUUCGCCCUAUUCCUUUUUGAGAGAGAUAUGAAAGGACAUUUACAACACAAGUAUAAAAUUACACAAACAGCAAUUGAUAUCAAGCGAAACAUGGAUAUUUACCUAAAAGAGUUUCUUGUGUUUGUUACAAUAUUUUGUUGGAAUGCAAAUACUCAGGAGAAUACAAAUAAUCCCGGAAUUGUACGAAGAAUGAUUGGUGGAAAAGAAGUUGAAAUUGAGGAUUAUCCAUAUAUGGUUGCCAUGUUCGUUAAAGAAGAUCCAAAAGAUGUAUUUGACUAUUUUGUUGGAUCAUUUACAUUGAUAACAACGAGAACUGCAUUGGGUGUUGCUCACAUAGUAAAAGAUUACACAACUGAACAAUUGUUGGGAACGGUUGGACACAAAGAUAAAUACGUAGGAACUACAGUGCGUUUUUCUGAAAAAAUUGUACAUCCAGAUUUUAGAAAACAGUUAUUCUUUUAUGAUAUUGCACUUUUGAUACUAAAUUCCACUGCUAUUCUUCCUUCAAUAGUAAAACCUAUCGCAUUACCAAGUGUAAAUAGAAAAUACACUUCCGGAACAGCAUUGAUGGUUGGGUGGGGAAGAAUUGGAAAAGACUCAUCACGUUUCCUGAAAAUGGCUUCUGUUAAUAUAGUCAAUGUUAAUGACACCGUCUACAAAGGUCAAUCAAUCUACAUGACAGAGUAUGUAAUUCUCACACGUCAAAACGGUGCUUCAAUAAUGCCUGGUGAUUCUGGUGGUCCCCUUAUAUAUGAAAAUAAUGACGGAGUACGAAUAGAAAUUGGGGUUUCAAGUACAAGUCAGAUGAAACCGGGUGGAGUUAAUAUUUAUGUUUCCACAAGUUACUUUAUUGAUUUUAUAAAACAGAACUGCGUAGGAGACUUAACAUUUGCAUAA